UAGUCUCUAGUCAUCGUUCAAAAGCUCGUUCUCUUUCGGGGAUAAGCUCAGUCUCGUGGAGCAUUGUCGAUCAACCCUAAGGCAGGAUCUACAUAAAGAAAACGAAAGAGGAAACAUGCCGGUACGUAACAAGGAACAGGAAACCGAGGUCAUGGCCUGGAUCGAGGCUGUACUUGGAGAAAAGCUUCCACCUGGAAACUACGAGGAUAUCCUGAAGGAUGGAGUUGUUUUGUGCAAGCUUAUCAACAAAUUGGCUCCUGGCUCGGUGAAGAAGAUUCAGGCGAAAGGAACUAACUUCCAGUUGAUGGAAAAUGUCCAAAGAUUUCAAGCGGCCAUCAAGGAAUACGGAGUUCCACAGGAAGAAAUCUUCCAAACAGCGGAUCUCUUCGAAAGACGCAACAUCCCACAGGUUACUUUAUGCCUCUAUGCACUUGGUAGGAUUACGCAAAAGCAUCCUGAGUACAAUGGACCACGCCUAGGACCGAAGAUGGCCGACGAAAACAAAAGACAGUUCACGGAAGAACAGUUACGCGCGAGCGAGAGCCAACUGAACUUGCAAAUGGGUUUCAACAAAGGAGCCAGUCAAGCUGGCCACGGUGGAUUCGGCAACACUCGACACAUGUAAACUUAUUCUUCUCCCGAACGCGUAGAAAACGCGUUGUCGAGAUUCUAUGUUAAAAUUAUAAAUAUUCUAUUACCAAAUCUAACAUCGUCGAUCUCGAAACGCUACGAAGAGGACUAUCUAAUUUGGAAAAACGAGCUGCAAAACGAAUAUCUACGAAAAUGUAUCCUGGAAACGCUGCAACAAUGCAGCAUCUUUUUUUCUCUCUAGGAUAUGUUACUUAGCAAUUUAUUCUACUCCGUAUUAUGUACGUAAAUGCGAGAUCCUGUUGAUGAACUGUGCUAAUUGACAGACAUAAUUACACGAUACAUUAUAAUUACACUUACAACAUUAAAUGAAUAUACACGCUACAGUCACAAAUAGAUGCAUACAUACUUACAUACACACACACACAUACACAACAUGCACACGUUUACCUCACGGAAAGACUAAACGCAUCAUAAACUAAUUAAGUUACACCUAUACAUAUACACGUAACAAACAUGUACACGCAUAAAAUAUCAGAAAUAUAAGUGAUUUUUUUUUAACGCAUCGAAUAUCAAUUUACAACUUGGCAUCUCUUAGGUGUGCUUAUUGCAGAGAAACGUGAAAUAUGACACAAAGUGCCAACACAAACUCAUCGUUUAUAUCAGGGGAAAAUGAGAUAAAGAAGAUUUCUACGAUAUUAACAGGAUUUCGUAAUUACUGUAACAGCGUAAUUGUACGAUUCUAACGAAAAUCAAUUCGAACUAGUAGUGUAAUGUCUUUUCUAAGAUUUCUAAAUCGUCCACGCACAAUUUACCAAUGACGACAAUGUAUUAACAACAAGUGUACGAAAUAAUAAAAAUGCAGCGCUGCUAUUUUCUAUUAUA